AUGGCUCGACAGCCCCUCAGCUAUGACCCAAAAUUCGAUGCCCUCACCCUGUACGAAUCAUUUCACGAGGAGGUGCUCAUCCUCUCCAACGGUCCAGUCCACCUUCAAGUACCUAAUAUCGACAUCAAGAAGCGAGGAGCCUCUACUCAAGUAGCCACUCCCCCGGUUGUCUGGUUCAAAAAAGACGCAGGGAACUAUAUUGACAGGGCAUCUGAAAUCUGCGCAAGGAAUGAAGCCGCACUGAAGCGAUCAUACCUGCCCGCUCCGUACAGCCCAUGCAUACUUGAGAGUGAAGCAGACAUUGUCCGCUCCGCAGCACUCUGGCUGCUCCACCCCGUCAUCAUAGCUCUGCAGAGCGAAUUCAAGCUCGUCGGGUGCUACGCAGAAGUAACCAUCGACGACUGCCGCUGCGACGCUCUUAUCAAAAUAAACGGCGAGACCAUGGUCGUGCUGGAGUACAAGAGCAGGGGAUAUAUCAAGAUGCACGAAUUCAACCAGGGCCGUAUCCAGGAUCCCUCGUACUCGAACCGCUCCGCGAUCCUGGAUGCCAUUGAUGACGUCCAGGAACGCGGCGGAGAAAGCGCGAUGGAACACAACGCGAAAUGUCUGACCAAGCAGGCGGCCGCCUACGCCACAAAGUGGAAGACUCGGUUCGUGGCGCUCUUCGACUGGGACAGCUUUUUCCUCUGGCACUUCGCGGGCUUGGACUUCAGAUCGCGCACCGCCAAGUCGCCAGCGGGGGUUGCCCACGACGGCCACGCCGCGUGGGCAUUUGGGACUCCAGUGAGAAGGAGGGAAGACUAUCGCAAGGCACUCCUUGGGUUUGUCUUGGAGUCAUACCAGGAUCACAAUAAUGCCAAGUUUGAGCAUCCGCAGGAGCCGCCGUUUGAGAUGUCUAGGCAGCAGAAGAUGAAGAAGCGGUCGGACGCAGAAGCACGGAGGCAGCAGCAGCUGACGGCGCAGCAAGCGGCAAACGCGAGCGUGUAUGGUCGGAGAGGCUGA